GAGGAAAACAGGCGCUGACGCAGCGCCUCAUUUGCCGGACCCUCCCUAUAGCGGCAAUUGAAGCUCCAUUCGGCAGUAUAUAAGCGCUCGCUGGAAGAGGACGGACGGCUUUCCCAAGCCCGCUUCAGGCAGCACCGCCAAAAAAAAAAAACAAUUUUAAUCGCUUUUAUUUUUGUUUUAAAAAAAAAAAUCUUUUUCUUGACCAAAAAACAAACCACCUCAUCUGGAUAUUUCAUUUAAAUUCUCCUCCGUAUCCACAUGGCGAGUUCGGCCAACUCAAACCCGGUGCCUAAACUCUACAGAUCAGUGAUUGAAGAUGUAAUCAACGACGUACGAGAACAGUUCCUUGAUGAAGGAGUGGAUGAACAAGUUCUUAUAGAAUUAAAAACGCUAUGGGAGAGCAAGCUAAUGCAGUCAAAAGCUGUUGACGGCUUCCACUCAGAGGAGCAGCAGAUUUUAAUUCAGGCACAGCAGCAGCAACAACAACAGCAACAACAACAACAACAACAACAACACCACCAGCAGCAGCAACAGCAACAGCAACAACAACAACAUCAGCAUCAAGCUCAGCAGCAACAGACACAGCAAGUGCUCACAAUACCUGCUAAUUCAGUUUUCUCAUCUUCUCAUAAAUCAGGACCGCAAGUUAUUAUGCAAGAUGGGAAACUAAUACAACAUAUGAAUCCGUCUGGCAUGAGUGCAGCUGCUACUGCAGCAACUCUGGCGUUACCAGCCGGUGUUCCAGCUCCCUACCAGCUUUCUAAUGGACCAAUACUAGCGAAUACAGGGCAACUGCUGCAAGUUGUACGAGCUCCUAAUGGAGCCCACUACUUUUUCCAGCCACACCAGCAAGUUGUCCUUGCACAGUCAGUGACUCAGCAGCAGGUUAUUCAGCAGAUGCAGUCUGGUGGUGUGCAGGCACCUGUCAUACAGCAGAUGCUGGCUCCACUGCCACCUGGAAGUAUCCCUCAGCAGACUGGAGUGAUCAUUCAACCUCAGCAAAUUCUUGUUGCAGGGAACAAAGUUCCUUCAAACACACAGGUUAUGCAAGCCACCACUGUAGCAGCAACCCCAUCGACACAGGUUGGUCAAACAAACAGCUCCACUCCUGUUCAACAGCAACCACAACCACAACAGCAACAGCAACAACAACCACAACAGCAACAGCAACAGCAACAACAACAACAACAACCGCCUUUAGUGGUGCAAGUAGAUGGGUCUGGAGACACUUCAUCAGAGGAAGAUGACGAUGAUGAAGAGGAUGAGUAUGAUGAUGAGGAAGAAGAAAAGGAUAAGGAGGAGGUUGGGGAAGAUGGACAAGUUGAAGAGGAACCACUGAACAGUGAAGAUGAUGUCAGUGAUGAAGAGGGGCAAGAACUCUUUGACACAGAAAAUGUUGUUGUAUGCCAGUAUGAUAAGAUCCACCGAAGUAAGAAUAAAUGGAAGUUCCACCUAAAGGAUGGGAUCAUGAACCUGAAUGGGAGAGAUUACGUGUUUUCCAAAGCCAUCGGAGAUGCAGAGUGGUAAGAAUGCAGAUUCUCUUGAGAAAGGACAGGCUCAGCGGACUGGACUAAUGUUUGAAGUACGAACUGAAUUACGAAGCCUGCAAGUGAAAAGAAUACAGAACUACUGGUACCCAAGCUACUGAGUUGUACAACACUACGUUAUGUGGGGAAAAGCCUUACCACUGAAAUGGCUCACAUUUUAGAGAGAAAAAGAAAACAAUAUGCUUAACUAUCAGUCAUACCAUAAUACAGUCACUGCUUGCUGAUUGAUGAAUUACCAUCUACAGAGCUAGCGAGUUUACAAAACAUCAACCAAGACUCUUCUAAGGAGAAAGCGUUUAGAGGACCCAGUCACUGUGCUUUGUGCUAAGUGCUGUCAUUUGAACUGCGUAGAAACUGAAAUAAAUAAACAUUUUAAAAAAAGGUUCUUUUAUAGGGGAGGUUUAUAGCUGGGGAAGAAAGACCUUGUAAAUUCAAGACCCUUCACAUUUGUGUAGUGAUUGAAUAACUUCCUGACCCAGGACCAACACAUUCUUAAGAUGUAACAAUGGCUGAUAUAUUUUAAAA